GUUCAAUCCAUGUGCUGAACUUUACAGUAAACAGUCACAAAUAUCACAGUUCUCCUUAAUUAUAGUCGAAUAUAAUGGCUGUUAUAAGCAAAAACAAGAAGAAAUUGUUAAAGAAGCCUGGACCGGCUAAAACGGAAUCGAAAUUCAUAUCACAAGCUCUAAUUAAUAGAAAGAAGACAAAGGGUAAGAAAAAGAAGCGCCCAAAGACAAAAGGAUUAGUCUAUGUCAAGAAUCUACCACAUGGAUUCUUUGAGGAACAACUGAGAAGUUAUUUUUCACAAUUUGGUGCUGUAACACGCAUCAGACUUGGACGAUCACCAACAACGCUUAAUUCAAGAGGAUAUGCUUUCAUUGAGUUUCGAUAUCCAGAGGUUGCUGAAAUUGCAGCACAAGCUAUGAAUAAUUACAUCAUGUUCCAUAGAAUUGUCAAGACUAAAUUCAUCCCGCCAGAACAGAUUCGACAUGAUUACUUCCGUAGUAGUAUUAUGUCAAUUAAGAAGGAUGGACGGAAAAUUAUGACAUCAACGAAAUUGCUUGCUAGACAGGCUAUUGUUGAGGGUACAAAUAAGCUAAUGACUGACGAAGAUCAAAAAAAUCGCGUCGAGAAAGUUAGGAGCAAAGUAAGCAAGCAAAAAGCAAAACUGGCUGCACUUGGGAUUGAUUUUGACAUAGAUUCAGUCGCUAAGAACAUGGGAGAGGAAGUAAUAGCACCAAAAGUUACCCAACAAGCACUUACAAUUGAUAAUAUUACUGAAGAUGACUUAGAUGGUGAUAAUGACGAGACUUUUGAUCCUGCAAAGUUUAACAUUGAUUCUGAAGAUGAAUUUGAGGAUCAUGACUAUGAUUCGGACGCAUCUGCAAGUGAUGAGGCAGCAGGCGAGACAGAAAAGAAGACUACAGCAAUUGAAGUUGCUCAAAUUGCCAGCAAAAAGUAUAAAGCAUCAAAGGAAAAUAAGAAUGGAACUGAAGAUAAACCAACAGUUGAGAAAAGGGCAGUCAAAAAUAAGAAGGCAGCAUCUAAAGUCGAGGAAUCUGAAAAGCCUGCAAAGAAAUUGAAAGUUGCUGAGGAAAAGCCACAAGUUGUGUCCAAACCUGCAAAAAAAUCAAAGGUUGAAGCUGUAAAGCCACAAGUUGAGUCCAAACCUGCUACAAAAUCAGAGAUUGAAGCUGUGAAGCCACAAGUUGAAGCAAAACCAAAAAGAACAUUAAGGGGAGCUAAACAGGUCGAAGUUGCUGCUGAGCCAGAAAAAAAGCAACCCAAAAAAGUUGUUGCAAAAGUCGAGAAAAAAAGCGUAAAGUCAAAACAAGCCAUUCAAAAAGAAUCAAAACUUCCAGUUGAAAAGAAAUUGGUCGAGAAAAAGAAUGUUAAAAAGGCACAGAAUAAAGUAGAAACAGGCACUCAAAAGAAAGUCGCUAAAGUGCCUCAGGCAAAAACAGCAGCAGCACCUUCAAAAAAGGAAUCGCCCAAAAAGAAGAUCACAAGAGGAAGUAAGAAAGCAGCAGUAAAAUAAGAAGUAACACGCAUUUACAGAUAUUUUAUUGAUUUCAU